AUGCCCAUCUCUUCCACGCCACCAGCAUCCAAAUGGUUUCCUGCUUUCAGGCAGGAGCUGCCCAAGGUAGAUGGCAAAGUCUUCGUCAUCACAGGCACCACCACUGGCACCGGGUUUGUGGCAGCGCAGACCAUUGCCGAGCUGGGUGGGGAAGUCUUGCUGCUGAAUCGCACGUCGGAGAGGGUGACCCGUGCCAUGGAGAAGUUAAAGGAAGCCGUGCCCAAUGGCAAGUUCGUGAGCAUCGAAUGCGACUUGCAGGACUUCGCGAGCGUUCGCAAGGCAGCUUCAGAGAUCAAGUCAAAAUACUCAAAGCUCUAUUGCCUGGCGAACAACGCCGGAAUCGCAGCCUCCGUCGACAAGGCCACCAAGGACGGCUACGACACCCAGAUGCAAACCAAUCACUUGUCGCAUUUCCUCCUCACCGCUGAACUGUUUCCACUUCUGGAAGCACAGGCCAAAGAGACCGGAGAUGCUCGAAUCGUGAAUCACUCCAGCAUGGGGCGGUUGCACACCGAGCACAAAGGCCUCGAGGAGAAGUACUUCGGCAAGAAUGGAGGCAAUCUAGGGGGCAACUCCAUCACGCUGAUGGGCGGCGGCUGCUUCUUUCGGUACUUCCAGAGCAAGCUCGCCAACUCCGUGUUCACGUACGCGCUCCAUGAGAAGCUGAAGGCCCGAGGCUCGAAGGUCCGGGCGGUUUGUGCGCAUCCCGGAGGAUCUGACACUCACCUGGAUCAGAACAUGGUGCAGCUUAGCUGCUGGGAAGACAUGAUCCUGAAGUUCGUGAUGAAGUUCCUGAUUCAGUCUCCAGAAGAUGGCACCAUGGGGCUACUUCUUUGCAUGGCCAGUCCAGACGCCCAGAGUGGUGUCCUCUACGGACCGAAAGAUUCAGGUAUCUAUGGCCCAGCAGUGCCCAACCCCACGGAAGCCUACGAGACGGACGCGUCGGCGCAGGAGAUGCUGUGGAGGACCAGCGAGGAAGCUACGGGCAUCAAGUUCACGCUCUGA